AUGUCUUAUCAUAAUUUUCCAAAUCUCGGACUAGAAAUACGUCAAUCUAAUAAUUCUAUAUGUAAUCAUUAUCCUUAUGGACAAGAAAUGAAUAUGAAAACUGAAUUAUCAGGACCAAAUG